AUGAAGAACUACAAACGAAUGUGUAAGUUACUUCUCGAAGGUGAUAGUUAUUUUAAUGAUGAAAAUGUCGAUACCCAGAAAUUUAACAAAAACACAAAAGCCAAAGGAUAUUGUAGUAGCGAUGGUUGUAAAACAAAUGAAGAUCGUAUUAAUUCUUUGACCGUAUAUAUAUAUAAGGAAUUCAAAGAUUCAAUAUCAAGAAAAGAAAGGUAUAAUAAUUAUGAUGAAUAUUUAUUGAUGUGGAUAAGCGAUAAAUUAUUUAAGAUUGACUACGAAAGCAAAGGCGAUAAUAAAAAAAAAGGCUUUGUCUAUCUUAUUACUUUAAAUCAGGCUUAUGAAAAGUAUUUAGAGAAAUAUAAAGCAAAAUUGGAUUAUUGGGUUCUUUUAAAUAUGAAGCAAGGUUUGAAAGAAGCUAAUCUCAAGUAUAUGAGCGAAUUUUAUAAGUUACUUAGUCACAUAUGUAAAACAAUUACAUAUUAUGAAACAAAGGGCGUCGAAAGUAGUGAAUUUUCUAAAAAUUCUAUCGGUUGCAAUCGUCAAUAUAAAACCCUUUAUAAUAACAUUCCUAAAUGCAAUUCAUAUCUUUAUUUAUUGAAUAAAUUAAAAGGUAUAUAUGAUGAUUUUAGAAAUUAUGCUAUUAAGAGAAAUAGUUCAAACAAUGGUUUAAAAACUAAACUUCAAACACUUACAACAGAAGAUGGAAAAGUGAUGAAGGCGGCGAGAAGUUUUAAAACAUAUGACUUCAGUGAUUCACAAUGUAAACUUCCCAAAAAAAAAAAAAAAAUAGACUCAUCAAAAAAAGCGGAACCACCAGGGCCCCAAUCAUCAAGUCAAGCACCGAGCUCUGAAAAUAAAGGGAAUAUGGAGGGCACUAAACAAAGCGGGCAAAAAAAUGGAAGCGAUAUAUCAACAGGUACAGAUGCUGGAACAGGAAAUCCAGGUAGUGUAUCAGGUGGAGGGCAAGAUAGUAAAGUAGGAGAUUCAGGGAGUGGGACAGGGGGUGCAAGUGGUGGAUCAGAUAGUGACUCAGGCAAUCAAGGAGGAGAUACAGGUGGCGAUAAAGGAAGUCAAAAUGGAUCAGAAGAUUCAGAAACUGGUUCAGGUAGUGAUCAAGGAAGUCCAGGUGAUGGAGCUGGAGGUACAAAUAGUAGAUCAGGUAAUCAAACAAAAGGUUCCGGGAAUUCAGCACCUGCUUCAGAUGGUGCAGGUAUACCACCAUCACAAUCAGGACCGUCACCAAAACAAGGGCAACAACCACAACAACCAUCAAACGUUUUACCAUCGGGAUCAUCUGGAACAAGUACACCAACAUCAACAGUACAACAACCAUCACCACCAAAAAGAGUCGAGCCGCCACCAGUAUCAUCAACACCACAAACACCUCAAAAAUCGGAAACACAUCAUCAAAGUGGAACACAGGAUUCAGGUAGUACUAAGGGAAGCAAAGAUGGAGGAUCCAAUGUAGCAGAAGGUGGAGCCAGUAGGCCAGAAAGUCCAGAGGGAAAACCAAACCAGGUGGAUAACUCCUCGGCAGGUUCCAAAGAAGGAAGUCAAGGAAGUUCAGGUAGUCAAACAAAAGAUUCCCAGAAUCCAGUACCUGCGCCAUCGGGAGCAAGUACAUCACAAUCAUCAGAUACAGAAAAACAACCAGGACCAGUGAAACAACCAGACCCAAAACAAACAAACCCAUUACCAGCAGUACCACCAGCACCGCCAUCACAAGAUGGAAGUUCAUUACAAACACCUAAAACAGGGGAAAUUCAUGAAAAUGGGCCAGGAGGUCCAGGUGAUGGAAAAGGAGGCGCAAGUAGUGGGUCUGUUGUUACACAAGGUAGACAAGGAGGAUCGUCGGUCGGAUCAGGUGAUGGAUCUGGGAGUACAGAUGUUGGAAAAAAAGAUAUAAAUAGUGGAUUAGGUAGUCAUGGAGGUUCAGACACUCCAGUAGACAAAGAUGGUGAUCAAAAAAGUUUAAAUAGUGAUACAGGAGAUUCAGUUAAUGUUCCAGAUGGUGGACAAGGUAGUGGAAUCAAUGGAUCUGGGGGUGCAGGUGUUAGAUUAGAUGAUCAAUCAGUUAAAGAUAGUCAAGAAGGUAUAGGCGAUGGAAAAAAUGAACAAGGAAGUAAAAGUGGUGAAUCCGGUGAUGGAUCGGGAGGUUCAAACAAUAUGCAGCCAGAAUCAUCUAAAGGAACAGGAAGUCUAGGGGGUGCAUCUGGUGGAAAAGGAGGUUCAAGUGGUGGACCAGAUGGGGGAAAAGAAGAUCCAGGUAAGGGAGUUAAUGGAGAAGGUAGUGGGCUAGGUGGUCAAGGAAAAUCAUCUGAUAAAACAGAUGUUCAAACAAAACCUUCCGUGGAUCCAUCACCUGCAUCAUCUGGAACAGGUACACCAGAAUCACCAGGUACAUCACCAUCGCCACCACAAUCAGAACCUGGACAACCACAACAAGGGCUGCAAGGACAACAACCACAUAAACCACCAGAAUCCCCCCCAGUGAAACCACCACUACAGCCAACACCAUCACCAGGAACAGCAACCUUACCACCAGCACCACCAGUACCAUCAACACAGCCACAACCAGCAGAUUCAUUACCAACAGGCCCAUCAUCUUUAGAAAAUAAUCCUUCAUUACCCAAAUCUCAAACAGGAGACUCAGAUAAUAAAAAUGGAUCAAAUACUCCAGAUAGCGGUAAAGAAAAUACAGGGGACAGAAGUGGUAAUGAAGGAGGUCAGAGUGACGAAAACAGAAACCUUGGUAAUGCACCAAAAGACCCAUCAAUAAAUCCACCGCCAUCAACUCCUCCAAAAGAUCCAGUACCAAAUCCAACACCAACUUCACCGAAAAAAAAACAACCAUCUCCCCAAACACAAUCUAUCACGCAGCAACCCACACAAAUCGAUCCACAUAAUCAGAAAACAAAUGAUCAAUUGGUAAAAUCACCAAGUCCUGAACCCAUUUUGAGAACACCUUGGAAUAUAAUUCCAACUACGUGGAAUGGAUCAGAGGAUUGUAAACCUAAAAUAAAAUUUAUUAAUACCACAUUAGUGUGUUGCACAUCUAAACAGUGUAGUUUAACUGGAAUUUCAGUUACACUUAUUUUAAUACCCAUUAUUUUAUUAAUUGCAUAUAAGUGUUUAUCGUUUGGAUCAUCAAAAAAAUCGGAAAAAAAAAACAUGAAGAGAGUUAUAAAAUUAGUUGAUGGAAACAGAAAGACAAAAAUAAUUAUAAGUUCAAAUGAUAGGAUCAAACACAUAAAACCGGUUAUAAAUUCAGUUGGGGGAAAAAAAGAUCCAUUAUUAAAUAUAUACAAGAUUAUGCAGGCAGAUCCUGCACCAUUUAUUAAUUUAUUUUUUUUGUUGAUUUUUUUUGUUUAUAAAAGAAACCGCGAUUUCAUAGAAUUAUAA